CUAAAACGGGAUGCGUACACCAAUUUAUCCUGAAAUUGAAGCUUUUAUACAAACGAAAAAGUUAAAAAAAUAUGAAAGCCAACAACAGGAAACUGCUAGUGAAACCAUUAACAAACCAAGUAAAAGAAAGAAAGGUGUAAAAAGAAAAGAUACCCCAGAAGAGAAAAAGGCAAAAAGUGAUGCAAAAAGAGCUAGAAAUGUUGUCCCAAAUACAUCGAGUCUAGUAUGUAAGUCCUGCGGUCAAAAUGGCCAUGCAUCUGCUAGGUCCAGAGAGUGCCUGAAUUAUAAUUAUACAGUAAAAGAAUUGAUUCAACAAAAUCUGGGUUCUCAAAAUCAAAGAUAUACAGUCUCCAUACCUCUCAAGUCAUUCAUGUCUUCAGUAGAUGAGAAUGCGAAUAACACGGCGGUUGAAAAAAUCAAAAGUCUUUCAAUGUUUUUGCGAAAAGUCGCCUACAACGCUCAGCUUUUUGUCAACUUUUAUAUUUUGAAACAUCCAAACAGUUUGCCUAAUGAACUAUUGAAACAAAACUUUUGGUAUAGCGUAUGUAGAGUGGUGUACCAAAAUUUAUCAAUUCAAAAUUUUCAAUCACAAUAUCCACUUAUUCCCCACCUCGCCGAAGUAUGGGAUGAGCUUAACGGUGUUGAAGGCGUCAACUUGACAGUUGAUAAAGGAAAUUUAACUCUUUACGGUCAAGUGGUUUCAUCCGCUUGUGAAUCUAUAGCUACUUGUUAUAACAACUAUUAUAUAGAGAACUUUGAAAAUAUUAUUGCAAACUACUUUAUAUACAUGAUCCGUCAAGCAUUUCAUGACAUAAAAAUGCCCAUAGUAAAACAUAUAGUAUACGAACAUGUGCUCAAUGUACUAUUUUCUCCAGGACUGGGAGCCAUCAAUUCUGACAAUAUUUCCACUUCUUUGAACAGUAAAGAGCAAGAAAACAUUUGUACGUUUUUAAACCCAUUGAUAUUGGAGAUCAAGAAUCGUAUACCAGCAUUUCCUGUGACAAAGGCAACUCUAAAUAAUGCCCCAUUCAGCAUUAUGCCAGUACUUAAGCACAUUCUGGAGAAAUAUGAGUCCUUAAUUGUGGAAGCACCGCUACCUGUUCCUGUCUCUCAAUUGGAAAUCAUCUCACAAGAACAAUCAGACGAGACCCAUCAAGUAAAUAAAAGACCAAGAAAAAAGAAGAAAGUAAAAAAAUACAAAAACGACAACAACGGCGUAAAAAGAGAUUUCCAGCCGCCUCGUCUCUUCAGUCUAUUCCCGAACCCUGGCUUGCAUUGGCGUUUCGUUAAAAUAGAUAGCCAAAAUUUGACUGGUCUGUUUCCGACGGCUUCAAUGGAACGGUUAGAGGAAGAAACAGUUUUUGAAUUCACCCAAAGAUAUUUUUUUGCCCGUUUUAAUUUUGCUCAACGAAAAGGAAGGAUGUUUAUUAAUAGCCUGUACACAGAUGGGUACACUUGUAGGAUUUCUUUUUGCCGAAAGGCAUAUGCAGAAUCUCCUGUGAAUGAAACUGCUUUGGAGCUGCAAGAUUUUAAUAGUGAAGAAAUAGAUCGUUAUUUUAGACCUUGCACAGUAGAUCCCAACAGAAAAGAUGCUUUUGUGUCAUUUCAUGGUAACACGGAUGUUAGGCGGCUUUCAUCUGCCGAAUAUUACAACAUGAAUGGAAGUGCCAAUCGUAUGAAGUUGGAGCAAGACAGGAAGAAAGAACAAGGAGUGCAAACAAUCGAGACAAACAUACCUUCUGUAAAGUCAGCAGUUACUGAUAAAUAUAUUACGCAUGUGAAAUACAUGAUGCAACAUAAGGACACACUAUUUAGUUUUUACAAUUUUCAGACAGCAAGAGUCAAAUGGUGUAAUUACAUUGGAAAACAGCGUGCCCUCCAGGAUGCUGUAAAUACCCUAAUUAACGGAUCAAAGAAAUACAAUAAAGGACGACGGAAGAAAACAAGAAAAAACAAGAGAAAAAGAAGCAAGACAGCUGCAAAGUAUCAAAGCAACACCCCUCAAGCCGGAUCAAGACAAAGAAAAAGAGCAUCCAGAAGCCACAAAGAGAAAUUUGAGGAGGGUGACAAAAGUAAAAUGCCAUUGAUAAUUUUUGGGGACGGUUUGAAGAAUAAAAGUCACGUAAAGAUCAGUGGGAUUAGGCAUGGCGUCUCUGAAAUGAUAUACAGACAGUUGAAGCUGCGGGAAAAACUUGGAGAGUUAUUGCUACUUGACAUAGAUGAAUAUAAAACAUCAAAGGUGAAAGAUAUACGUGUCUAUAACAUGUAAUUACUAAUACAAUGUCAUUUCUUUCUUAGAACUGCAAUAACUGCCUAGAAAGUAGUCUAGAAAACUUAAAGUAUAAAUGUGGAACGGACAACCGAUCAAUCCAUCAAAUAUUCUUCUGCAAAAAAUGCAAUAUUCGUUGGAAUCGUGACGUUAUGGCUACGAAAAACAUGUACACCAUUGCCACCUCAAUUUGGAGAGGUGAUGGCCGACCCGAUGUCUUUAAAAGACAAAGCGCCACCUCCAAUGUGGUUGCCACACCCUCACCGGCGAUGGCUUAAAGAUACCUACAGGUAAAAAAAAAAAAAAAAAAAAAAAAAAAAAAAAAAGUCUAACACUAAAUCUGAAUUUCCAUUUUAUAUCGUCUGAAAAAGGUAAGCAAAUGUCUGAAAAAAAACUGAUGUUGUCUGAAUUUGAAGUGUAAACACUGUA